CAUAUCUUGGUUAACUCUUUUGUCGACUGUUCACAACGAUAAGAGACUUUAUUAAUUUAUAACAAUGAAGGUGACAUUUUGUAUUUUAAUUUGUAUUAUUUACGCAAUUCAAAAUGUUUAUACUGCGAAAAUUGCUGAUGAAAAGCCGGUAAUGGUCCCACAACAAAAUCGUAUAAAAGAUCAAAAUUGUGAGUGUACAAAUUGGGAAUAUUGUCGACAAAUUGGUGGUGAAGUCAACAGCGAUGUUUAUUGCCAAGGAUCUUAUAUGAAUAUUUGCUGUAUAAUUCCAAAACCAAAUCGAAAUAAAGAGGACAUUCCCCCAAAUACCGUGAGCAAUCAAGUUUUGGAAACACCAAAACCCAAUGAUGCAGUCGCACAAAGUUCUCCAAAUUCUGUGGAUAAGGAAGUAUCAGAAACGACAACAUCAAAAUUAAAUGAUGCAGAAACACCAAAACCGAAUAGGGUAGAAGAACCAUCACAGGACAAACAUUUUUUUGUGCAAUUAAUUUAAGAAAAGACAUAAAAAAUAAAUAAUUCAUUGAGCGUUAAUGCUAAAUAAGAUGAACCUUUCAAUUCGACCCUUUCGAUCAUUUUCGAGUCUAUUAAUCGGAAUCAACACUUUUUUUUAAUAAUUUUUAUUUAAAAUUGUUAUCAUUUCUUUUUGUAAGAAUUUGAAUAGAAAUUAUUUAUGAAGGUAAAUCAUUGGUUGAUAAACUAACUAUUUUAAUUUCUAUGCCAUUUAUAAUACAGAACUGACUACGCUUGCGUUUGAAUAUCAUAAUGGCCAACAUGAUCAGAGUAAUGAUAUCCUUAGUGAUAUAUGUUAAAUUAAGAAUAAAAUGUCAAACCGUGGAUGCCAACAUGCUGGCAUGUAUUAAGGAACAGAGGCUAUGAUAGAACGUUGCAUUGGCGUCAUAACGAUGCAGUAACUUGAUGUUUCUCGCGAAUCAUAUGUUUUCUUGUGAUUUUCAAAAAGUUGAGGAUACAAUCUUAGAAAAGUUGAAGAUAUCUGUCUGAAAUAUUUGUAGAUUUUGUUUCUAUCUCGGUGACAUAAACGGCCGCGGCGCGGCGAUCAGAUCCAAUUUGUUAAAAAAAACACGAUUAUAUUCACUUAAUUCGAAAAAAAAGGCAAAUGAUAAUUGUUGGAGUGAGCUAGAAUUAUUCUUUACAGGAAUCACAACAAUUAAUGUGAAAGAUGUAAAAAUCAAAGCCACGGAUUAUAUUUCGUGUUUAAUACUCGAAAGUUUAUCUCGUUAAGUCGCAAAUUUUAUUAACAAAAUUUAUUUCGAAGUAAAAAACUACUUUCUUUUUCGAAUUAACUUUAUAUUUGUGGAUGUUUGGCAUUUUACUUAUUUCAUAAAAAUAAAAAGAGACAAAAAAUAUGAGGUUCAUCUUAUUUGACACUCACUAUAACUAUUAUACAUCAUUAUUACACAUGAAACAAAUUUUUAUAUA